AUCAUCCCAACCGCCCUACACGACAUACCCGCCAUCGACUCCACCGCCCUACACGACAUACCAGCCAUCGACUCCACCGCCCUACACGAUAUACCCGCCAUCGACUCGACCGCCCUACACGACAUACCCGCCAACAACUCCACCUUCCUACACGACAUACCCGCCAUCGACUCCACCGCCCUACACGACAUACCCGCCAUCGAGUCCACAGCCCUACACGACAUACCCGCCAUAUACUCCACCGCCCUACACGACAUAUCCGCCAUCGACUCCACCGCCCUACGCGACAUACCCGCCAUCGACUCCACAGCCCUACACGACAUACCCGCCAUCGACUCAAACCCCAGAGUUAUCAAGCACUACAUCUGCACCGUGUGA